UGGGCUGCAGCAGAAGCUCCGACAAGAGUUGCCCUCCCAGCCCGACCCACCUAUCUAAGCUUGGCCCAGAGCACUAGCUGACAAUUCAGGGUAGCCCCAUGUGGCCCAGCCCCCUCCACAGAGGACAGACCCCAAAUGAGGCCCAGGCGGCCGGAGGCGAAGGAGUGGAGCACAGGGGGGUAGGAGGCAGCAGGACUCAGGCCCUCAACUGCUCUUUCCUGCUGAGGCCAUCUGGGUCAAUCGAGGAGGGAUGAGGAAACAGAACAGCUAGACUGGGUGUCAGGCCAAGGGGAGGACAAAUCUCUCCUCCCCAAGGUAAUGCUGCUGUGCCAAGAAAACUUGGAGUCACCCUGGCAUGCCCCAAGCCCAGCCCUGGCAGGAGCCAGCCCUUUACAGGCAUGGGGCUGCUCGCUGCUAACACACCCUCUGCCUCCUUCCCCCCAUACCUGCAGGUUCUGCUAAUGAGGGCCUGUCACCAGGCCCCAGAGCUGAGUCACCCACACCAGGGACAGGUCUCUCUUCCUUCCCCAACAAUUGUUCCACAUGCCUGCCUUUCAAUUAACUCCCACCCUCCCUGGGCUCCUCCCUCCCAGACACACUGGGGGCUGGGGAGCCGGGCCUGCCUCCUAGGGCCCAGGGUGGUGGGGCUAUGAGGGAAAAGGAGGCAGCGUGGUGACACAUAAAGGAAGGCUGCCCCCAGACGAUUCCCCAGAGUAAUCUUAAGCUCCCCAGUGCCCUCGGGUGUUGGCCACGGCUGCCCAAUCCCUGCCUGCGGAUGCUGCAAUUACCUCAGAGUAUGAAACCCGGCUUCCCACCUGACUGAGUCAGCUGCAAACAACAACACAUCUCCACCGCCACACACCGGCACAAACAGCCACGCCACUCAUCAGAGUCCAGGAGCUGCCGGCAGAGAGGCACAGCCCUGCACUGCUCUGGAGAUGGGUGCAGGGGCCAGGGAGAGAAGGUGAGCUGGGCCCAUGGGAAGCCCAGCUCUGGGGAAGGGGCACAGGCUGCUCUUGCCUGGAGAGAUCCACUGCUGACUCCACGGGAGCUGCCCUCACUCCGGCUCCAGUAAGUGCCGCUGCUUCCUCUUAGGGUUUUUUCCACUGCUCUAUCAAGUCACCAGGCCACUCCUGUCCCUCUGGGAAACUCUCAGCUCUCUGCUCUCCUGGACAAAAGCACCCUCUUUCUGGGACCGCAUCUCACCACCCAAGAUGCUGGCCAGAGGCCUCCGCUCCUAGCCCACUAGGGCUGUCUCCCUGACUCCUGACAUUCACUGCUCCAGCAGAGAACCAGAUGGUCCCCAGCUGCUCUUGAACCAGGCUUCGGAGGUAGCAGGCUUGUCUGCUGGCUCCCCUGGGUCCCAUGGAGACCUGGCGGAAAGGCUCCUUCCGCAACGCCUCCUUCUUCAAGCGGCUGAGCCUGGGGCGGCCGCGGCGACUCCGGCGACAGGGCAGCGUGCUUAGCCAGGCCAGCACAGCUGGCGGGGACCAUGAGGAGUACAGCAACCGAGAGGUCAUCCGGGAGCUGCAAGGAAGGCCAGAUGGCCGGCGCCUGCCGCUGUGGGGGGAUGAGCAGCCCCGGGCCACCCUGCUGGCCCCCCCGAAGCCCCCGCGCCUCUAUCGAGAGAGCUCCAGCUGCCCCAACAUCCUGGAGCCCCCACCUGCCUACACGGCUGCGUACUCGGCAACCCUGCCCUCGGCGCUCUCCCUGGCGGGCGCCCUCCACCAGUGCUCCAAGGAGGACCUUUUGGACACUCCUCCCUUCCAGAGGACACCUGCUCCGGACCUCAAUGAUGCCUUCUUCUCCUUCAAAGUGGACCUGGGGAUUUCACUUCUUGAAGAAGUUCUACAGAUGCUGAGGGAGCAAUUUCCCAAUGAGCCCAGCUUCUGAAUGGGGUGAGGGUGGGCAGAGGUGGGGUGACUGGAAGAGCCAGAGCCUGGGGACCCAGGGAAGGAGGGUACAGUUGUGGAUCAAGAAGAAGGUGGGGAUAGGAAUCCAGGGUCCUGCCUGCCCUCUGGGUCCCGAACAGUCCUCCAAGUCACCCCAGAGUGCAGGACAGAGGCGCAGAGGCAAGCUGGAAAUGUUGUGAGGGGGGCACUUGCUGGCAGGAGCCCUGAAGGCAGCUGGCUGGGAAAGGGAGGCCACACCUACAACCACAGGGACCAGGCAGAGGCCAGCAGAGGGGGAGGGCGGCGCAAGGGGCAAGUCAGGAGGUGGAGGACACACAGACCGGGCAGAUCAGACCGGUGCCCUGAGCCAGCCCCCUCUGAAGCCACUGUCAACAGAGAGAGGUUACAGGACAGGUCUAGGCAAAAGUGUUCCAACUCAGGCCGCAGAGGAAAGUGGGGAGAUGAGGGGAAAGGGAUGACAGGCUUGACCUUGUCCAAUAUGGUAGCCACUAGCUACAUGUAGCUGUUCAAGUUGGAAUUAAUUUAAAUUAAGUAAAAUUAAAAAUUUAGCUCCUCAGUUGCACUAGCCGCAUUUCAAAUGCUCAGCAGCCACACAUGACUAACGGCUACCACACUGGACAGUGCAGUGGGAAUAAUAACAUCACUGGAGAAGGUUCUAUUGGACAGCACUGGCCUAGACCAUGGCCUAGAGCUCCCAGUGGUGUGGUGGGAAAGUGGGAAGCAUAUGGGCCUGCAAGGGAAGGGAGGGGCUGGUAGAGUAGGAAGAGCAAGGCACAUACAGAUAAAGAGCAUAACUCAGGAGAAAGGCCAAACAAAUCUUAGCAGAAAAGGGGGCGUGAGAGACUCAAGCUGCCAACACAGCUGCCCAGAGCACUCCCUAGUGCCCGAGGAAGGUGGCUCUAGGUAAUGCCAGCCAAAGGCACAGACACAGCUUGUAAAGGGAUGCUUUGGGGAAUUCCCAGAUUAUUAGUGAUGGGAGCCCUCAGGAAAUGCACCAAAAACAGUGGUGGAUUUCCCUCCUUCCCGCUCCCAUGAGAACACAGGAGGACUGGAUCAGGGGAUGGACCCAAACUCAUGGCUGUUACCAUGAAGAGGCACAGCUGGUGUCCAGAAUCCUUCACCAGGACUGCAGAGCUCUGCCUUGCCGGAACCCUCUGACAAUGGGGGCCUGCCACCCAGGGCCAAGCCCAGUGGGUCAAGGCCACAGGCUGCACCACCGCCCCACUCUGUGACCUGGCCAGAAGACUUGAAACCAGAGCCCAAGUCGGCUGGGCCAUGUGGUUCUGACACACCAGGCCUUUCCAAGCAGGGCAGGGGGGAGAGGGAAGCUUCAACGCACACUGCUUCCACACUCCAAACUUUGUGACCUCCCCCUCCCUCCUCCUGUGUGGAGGUGCCGAGCUGAAAGACUCCCCUCUGGAUGCAGGAGAUGAUGAAUAAAGUUCGUUCUAACACAG